AAUUUUUCGGUACUGACGAGACUACUGUUGUGGAAACUCCUACUCCAAGCUUACAUAGAGACAAAAUUAAAGAACACCAAGAUCGCGAUCAACACAAAGAUUCACUUAAACAAUGGGUCAACCACACCGUCUCUGACAUGACAGCAAAGAUUUCAACAACUGCACAGAAGUCCAUCCGAGAUGCACUGAAGGUUUUGUACUUUUUGAUAUCUCAUAACGUGCCACUGGACAUGUUUUCAUCAUUUAUAGACCUUUGUAUAGAGCUUGGUGCAACCAACUUAGGCAAUCUCAGACUUGCAAAGUGUGCAUCCUACACUAGUUGGGACAUAGUUCAGGAGCUACUUGACAUCCUAAGUAAGGAAGUAACAUCAACAGUAAUAUCUGAUAUGCAGAAAAGUCCAUCCUACUCUGUUAUGGUAGACGAAGUGUCAGACAACAGGACCAUUAAGCAUCUCGCAAUCUGUGCAAGGUACAUCAACCCAGCUGGUGAAAUUCAGAAUUCAUUUGUAACAGACGUAGAGCUACAAAAUGCAACAGCUGAGACCCUGACAAGAACAAUUACUUCAGAAUUGACCAAUCAUCAACUCAAUCUCCAAGAUAUGACUGGUUUUGCCUCAGAUGGCGCAGCUGUAUUUCUUGGCAAGAAGACCGGUGUAGCUACAAGAUUAAAAGACAUCAAUCCAUCUCUUAUCACUAUACAUUGCCGAGACCACAGACUUGCCCUAGCCACCAGAGAUAGCUUCAAUUCCGUACCUGUGAUGAAAAAGGUAGAUGACACACUUGAGAAACUCUACAAGUACUACAAAUACAGUUGUAACCACUCAGCCAGCCUUAAAGCCGUCCAGAUUGCAUUCAACCAGGCACCAUUGACCAUAAACCAGGCCAAGCAUCACAGGUGGCUCUCACACAACCAAGCAGUUGCAUCUAUUGUACGAUCUUACCAAGCCAUUGUUGUAGACUUAGAAACUUCUAACAUCAGUUCAGAUCCAGUUGGUAACGGUAUACUGAAAAGCCUGAAAGACCCUACUACUCUUCGUUGCCUUUUACUUCUGGCUGACACACUGCCUCACCUAUGUACAGUAUCACUACUAUUCCAGCGUAGAGAUGUCAAUCUUGGUAUGGUCAAAUCAACAAUGGACAAGACUCUCAAAACACUGCAGAUAAGGAAAACCCAAGAUGGUCCCUGGCUACUCAAAGAACAACAGAUAGCUGCAAGCAUCAACAUUACAACAGAACCAAAAGCUGACUUCUACACAAAAGUACGCACUCCUUUCUUGGACCAACUCAUCGACAAUGUCACUGCUAGAUUUACAGAUAGUGACAUCAUAGAUCAGUUAUCUAUCAUCGACUUGAAUGGUACAGACACUCUUCCCUCUCUCUAUGGGUUUACUGAGUUGUACACACUGGCAGACCACUUCUCCAUGCAACCAGAAGAUCUUCAAACACAGUGGCAAGACUUUCUGAAACUAGUUGACAGCAUGUCCACCCAAGAACGUUCUGUUACUCAGCUACUGAAACUACUGCACACCUCAGACUGUGGUCUUCAAGAAAUGUACCCACUAGUUCAUCAACUGUAUGCCAUAACAGCCACACUUCCAUUGAGUACUGCUGAAGUAGAGAGGGUGUUUUCCUAGGUGAAACUCAUCAAGACUAGUCACCGCAGCAACCUCAAGACAACAACACUCAACCGCCUACUGAACAUCAAGCUCAACUGCACCAGCAUCUUGUUUGAUACACUACUUGACAAAGUCACAAACCAGUUCUUUCAGAAAAAAAGACAGAAGACUGCUUCAGUUUACACAGUGACUCUAGACUCUAGUGCAAUUCAUUGACU